UUUGGGCACUGCUGGCUUAGUUAGCCAAAAAUAAAGGUAGCAAGUGGUCUUGUUCAUCCAAUUCCAGUCAUUUAAUUGGCCAGAUAUCUGUCCCUCCUCCUAGAGAGUUCUUGUGCAGAUAGAAACCUACUUCUGGUUUCCUACUCAUGCUGCUAGAAGCCAGAGGUUUUGCUAUAUGGUUUGGUGAAUUCCUUUAGUCCCUUUUACUUAGAGAGUGCCUGGCCAACAAAGUACCUAUACGUCCACUAUGAAUGGCAUGAAGCAUUGAGGAGUCAGCCAGGAGAGCCCUGUUCUGUCCUGCACCUGCAGAGUGACUUGGAAGUGCUGAUGAGCUCAGGGCUGUGAGCAGAGGCUGGGCUUUUGUCCCUUUGCAGAUACUUGGUGGGCACACCCGUGUGUGAUAGGUCAGGCAACAGCAAUUUCAGCUUUGGUUGCUGAGACCAAACUGAGCUGGGCUAGGUCAUGAGAAAAGGCUGCCCAGUCACCUGGAGGGGCCUGCUUUGCUAUGUAAAGUGGCAAAAUAGUCCUGCUGUAUCUGAGUUUCCAUGCAAGCCAUUUUGCAUACUAAGGUGUAGGGAUCUUAAGGACAUCUUACUGCAGAGGCUGCCCCUGUGUGCCAGGAGCAAUUGCUCUUCAUCUUCACACCUUGUAGGUCAGAGAAGGAGAGCCUGCAAAGCAGCCUGCUGGAGGCUCAGCAGCACUUAUGGGAGCUGGAGAUGGCCAGGAGCCGUGUGGAAGCCCAAGUGCACAGGGCCAGGCAGGCCAAGGAGGCGAUACUGGAGGAUGUGAGGGGCCUUCGUCGUGAGCUGCUGGCUGUAAGAGCUCUCAGCCAGCAGCAAUGUGAAGACAUGGCUGAACAGCUCCGCUGGGCACAAGAGCAGUGCUGCAAGGCUCUGAGACUCUGGCAAUCUGCCCAGGAAGAGGAAAAAAGGAAGCUCAUGCAAGAACUGGAGAGACAACUGGAAGAGCAGCAUGUGGAGGCACGGAAGCAGCUGGAGGAACGGGCAAACUUCCUGGCAGAGGUGCUGCAGGAAGAGCAGCGUCAGAAGGCUGCUGUCAUCCACAAGGUGUACCAGCUGCAGAGAGAGCUGAAGCAAAGUGAGCAGCUGAGGCAGAGGCUGAAUGAGCAGUGGCAGAAGGGGCAGGUCAUGCUGCAGGCUGAGCUGCAGGAAGCUGAGAGGAAGAUGAGGGCAAUGGAGAAGAGGCACCAAGAGGAAAUGGAAAGGAUGCACAAGGUCCUGCUGCAGUGCAGGCUGGCUGAAGAAAAGCAGGUGGACGCAGGAUCUGCCAUCGAAGCUGCUGGUGCAGCAGCAUCCUGCCAAGAAGCCUCCUCUCCACAGCCUGAAAACCAGAGCAUGAGCAGCUCGGCCCGCUCAAGCCAGGAGAGAGAGAAGCAGUUCCUGAAGCUGCUGAGGUGUGUGGUGAGUGUGGAAGAUCCAGAAAAGAAGUACACUGGAUGGGAACAUCUUGGCAGUGGGGGCUUUGGAGCUGUUUAUAAGGCCUUCGACACUGCCACAGGACAAGCGGUGGCUGUAAAGGAACUUUAUCUCCAGCACGAGGGCUGUGAGGGAAUAUUAAAAGAAAUCCUGCUCAUGAGAGAAAAUAAGAACGCCAAUAUUGUCAGCUACUUAGAAAGCUACCUUGUGGAUAAGGCUGUCCUGCUGGUGUUGGAAUAUAUGGAUGGAGGCUCCUUAGCUGAUGUGGUCACCGUGAGAAGGAUGGCUGUAGGACACAUAGCAACAGUGUGUCGGGAGUGCCUGCAAGGCCUGGCUUUCCUUCAUGCCAAGCAGGUGAUCCACAGAGACAUCAAAAGUGACAACAUCCUUCUGGGCCGGGAUGGCUCCGUCAAGCUGGCUGAUUUUGGCCUCUGUGCUGUGCUCAGCCCUGAGCACAGGAAACGGAGGUCGAUGGUCGGGACCACUUACUGGAUGGCACCCGAGGUGGUGAGAAGAGAGCCUUACGGCCCCAAAGUGGACACCUGGUCCCUUGGGAUUGUGGGAAUAGAAAUGGCCACAGGAGAGGCUCCUUAUAUGCAGGAGACCAGUGUCAAGGCCAGCUACCUGAUAGGCAAGCAAGGGGUUCCAAAUCUGCAGCAGCUCAGGCUACCCCCUGGCUUGUGUGAAUUUCUGGGCUGCUGCCUGCAGAUGGAUGUGGACAGGCGAGGCUCUGCCAAGGAACUUCUGCAGCAUCCAUUUCUGCAAUCAGCGGAGCCUCUCUUAAGCCUCUUCUGACAGCCUGAUUGCUGCCAUCCCUGCAGCAAGGGAAUGCAGGGAGCAAAGGAGAUGACAAGGACCACUUCAGCACUGGAGAACAGAGCCUCUGAGAGCACGUAGGAAUCCAGAGGAGAGAGGGGCCGGGAAAGAGGCAGCCAUCAGAUCAGGAAAGGAAGGUGACAUCUCCUUUUGUCCCACCUGCUGAUCCUCCUUCUGAAUUUCUGGUUUGGACAGCAUUUCUGGAAGGCACAGAGACACUACUGAUGUGCAUUUUCUGGUGGGGGGUGGUGUGAGGCAUGAAGCUUCCACUGAUUAUUUGGUGAACUUGGAUGGAACUUCAUUGGAAGUGUCUUCCUCCCCUCACCAGGAGCUGGAAGGGCAGCAUUUGGAGGCACAAGAGCUGCUGGCAGCAUGGGCAAACUUCCUGGCAGAGGUAGAGAAGGAGCAGGAGAAAAGGCUGCUUGAGAUGAAGCAGGAAGUUGCCACCAUGCAAGCUGACCAAGAAGAGGUACGAAGCUGAGGCAGUCAAAAGGCAAAGGGUGUGAAAAGAGAGCUUGUGUGUUGUUUUGGACUGCUCUGCACUCCUUAUGGGCACUGUUUCUCUGGGCUCUGUCUGUCUGGGUGGCUUUGUCUCCAUGCUGGCCCUUGGUAAACAGUGCUGGAGAGACCUUUGUGCCAUGAGGGAAAGGAGCGGUCAGGUGAGAGGCUACCAGAGUGCAGGUUUGAGGAAGGCAGGAAUGGCACAGCAGGCCCAAAGAGAA